AUGCCGUCGGCUGUUCAUGGAUAUGGUACCCCGCAUACAACAGGUAUGUCUUUCACUCCUUCGAUAUCAAAUGAACAUGCAACUUCGACUUUUGUCCUGGAGACUCAACUUUCCGACUGUGAAUCCCCAAUUGAGGUGGUUAAUUUAGAAAAGGCGAUUUCAAAUGCUGAGGGUACAAGAAAGCGUUCAAGUUGGACAAAGGUUAAAGACGAGGUCUUAGCGAGAAGUUUUGUCACUAUCAGUGAUGAUCCAAUAAUCGGAAAUGAUCAAAAGGCGGAUACUUUUUGGGGACGGGUUGCAAGCUACUACAAUGAGAAUCUUCCCCUAGGUUCAAACACCAGAAGUGCAAAUGUUAUACGUGAUGAAGAUAUAUUGAGGUUUGCGUACGAAAAAUAUCUAUCCGAAAACAAUGGUGUUGCAUUCAAUCUCGAACAUGUGUGGAGAAUUGUCAAAGACCGUCCAAUGUUUACUUCACAGUCCGCUGAUCACUUUGUAGCGACAAAGAAGACGAGGACCUCAGAGUCUGGAGCAAGCAACACCUCCUCCAACCAAGAUGUGAGUAUAGACCUGGAUUAUGAAGAUACUCGUCCAAUGAGGUAA